AUGUGCAGCCACUUGAAGGAAGCACCAGUAUAAAAAAAAAGUAUCACCACAAAGCUGUGAUACAAGGGGAAGUUGAAGUUAAACAGGCUCACUAUUCAAACUGGAAUACACACUAGAUCUCUACGGAUAUCAGCUGAUCACAGAGGCACUUCCAAUACAGGCGCCAGAAUGCUGCUUUUUGCGUUCCUUGCCUUUCUCCCGGUAACGUCUUUGGCCGACUACCAGGCUGAGACUGAGCACUACUCAUUCUCCCCUCAAGUGGGUUCAGGGAGUGGUCGCACAUACACCAUCACAGGCAGUGGGAGGAUUACGGCUGUACGAGUGUGGGAGGCCUACAGUAACUACAUCUACGGCUUCCAGUUUCGCUACGGCCACAUCUGGUCCAAUGUUUCAGGGUACAGUUACGGCCAACCGCAAGAGAUGACGCUGUUUGACGGCGAGGCCAUCGUGCAGAUUUCUGGAAAGUAUGCACAUUAUGUGCAGUCGAUAGUGUUCACCACCAACAAGGGUCGCUCCCUGUAUGCGGGCCAGCCUCAGGGUCACUCCUUCAACAUGUACCCGACCAACAAGGACGGUGAACUGCGCUUCAUCAGCGGCCGCUUCCACGGGGCCAUCACCUCCAUUGCAGCCCACUGGGGUGUUGUUUCUGACCCUCACAAUGUAAUUAACAAGCAGUACAUACAGUAGAUUUAAUUGAUUAGUACAAAUGUCCGUUUUACUAUGCAUAUGACAAUAAAACUCUUGAAUCUUGAAUCUUGAAUCUAGAUGCAAAGCUUGUAUGUAUGAAUCAAUUGCCUUCAAACUUUGUUAAGACUCUUUCUACUGGCCUAAAUUUGCAUUUAUGGAAUAAUAAAUUGUUGUUUGCACAGUGCUUUGACACGAUUAAGCAAUAAAUAAGCACUGAUUGAGUAAUCCAAGUACAUACUGCAAUAAAAAGGUUUUAAAAAAGUGUGUCCCUUUU